AAUAUGCUCAGUUCUAUGCAUUUUCGUUCACUCUGUUUCAGUUUUUGUUUGGUAGAUAAGAAACGGUUAGAAAAUAAAAUAAAAGAAUAAUAACCCCAGAGAACAAAACCCUUUACACUGAUAUUGAGUCUGCUUAACCAGUUUCGCUUGGUAGAUAUGUUUGGCUUUGGCUUUUAUUUUUUGUUCUAUUUUUUUUUUUUCUUUCUGAAGCGCCGACAAAAUUAGUAGAUAACAGUAUAAAUUUUUUCUUCUUCUCUUAUUUCCUUUCACUCUACUCGGCAAACAAACAGAAAGUUGAUAUUUGAUAUUUGAGUGCAAACAAACGGACGGAGCAUUCGAGGCGAGAGAAGUUAGGCGAUAUAUAUGGGGACUGCCGGCACAGACUCUGCUGAAACAGAAAUAUCAAAAUAGCGUAGCGCGAGUCAGGCUGGGAGUAGUUGUUCGUUUAGACGACGAAAGGGCCUAGUUUUUGAUAUCUUUAACUGAAGAGUGUCAAAAUCACGAGUUGGGCUCUUUCUAUUGGAGUUCUAAUUGACCGCAGGAAUGGAUUCCAAGCGAAAUAAUUUUGUAAGGUUUCAAAGUUGGAGUUCAGAGAAAUCUUCCAGUUUUGAGCAUCAACAUUCCAUGAACGAUCGAAAAUAUUCAAGAAGCAGUUCUAGAGCUACAUUUGACAGAUUUUUUGAGAGUUUUUGGAGAGGAUUUGGGAGAGGAUCUGAGACAAUUAAUAGUUUGGAAAACAACCCAAUAAGCAUCCCUUCUCAUGUAGAUGGUCAGCCACGAAAAGAUCACUCAGGUCCUAAGAAGACUAAAAUCCUUGAUCCUCAGGAUCAAUUUCUUCAAACAUGGAACAAAAUAUUUGUGAUUUCUUGUGUGAUAUCAGUGGCAUUGGACCCACUCUUCUUUUACACCCCAGUUUUGAAGGUGAAUGAGGAGAAGAAAUGCUUAGAGUGUGGCUCGGACAAAACUUUGGCGAUUAUUGCUUCUGUUCUUCGUUCAGUCACAGAUGCUUUUUAUGCAAUUCAUAUAUACUUUCAGUUUCGAACUGGGAUUAUCCCACCUUCUUCUCGUCAUGUGUUUGGAAGGGGAGAGUUGAUUGAUGAUCCUAUGGCAAUCGCAAAAAGAUAUUUGUCCACAUACUUCAUUAUCGACAUUCUGGCAAUCCUUCCGUGCCCACAGGUGGUAGUAUUUUUGGCACCGAAAAGGGGAGUGCUAUUGUUGAAGGAAAUGUUGAAGGCAGUAAUCUUCUCCCAAUAUGUGCCGAGGCUUUUGCGGAUCUACCCACUAUACGUAGAAGUAACUAGGACCUCUGGCAUUCUGACUGAGACAGCAUGGGCUGGAGCUGCUUAUAAUCUUUUCCUCUACAUGCUAGCUAGUCAUGUAGUUGGAGCCUUUUGGUACUUGUUUGGCAUAGAACGACAGGAUGCUUGCUGGAGAAAUAUGUGCAGGAACAUUACAGGUUGUAAAGGUCCAAUGGUUUAUAACUGCACGGACGAUGAUCCACAUCAUGACCGUUUCCCAAAUUUCUCCCAACAUUUCGAAAAUAUUACAAAUGCUUGUCGUAUUGUUGAACAAGAUGAUCAGAAGGAAAACUCACCUACUGAUCCGUUCGACUAUGGAAUAUUUACUAAAGUUUUGAAGUCUGAAGUGGUGGCCGAAUCAAAUAUAAGAAAGAAAGUGUCUUACUGCUUCUGGUGGGGUUUGCGUAGUCUGAGUUCUCUUGGCCAAAACUUGGAUACAAGUACAUAUUUCUGGGAGAUAGUCUUUGCUGUUUCCAUAGCCAUUGCUGGGUUGGUCUUAUUCUCAUUACUUAUAGGCAAUAUGCAGAAAUAUCUGCAAUCCACAACAGUGAGAGUAGAAGAAAUGAGAGUGAGGAAGACUGAUGCCGAACAGUGGAUGUCCCAACGUAUGCUCCCUAACGAAUUAAGGGAGCGGGUUAGACGAUAUGAACAGUACAAGUGGCUAGAAACAAGAGGUGUGGAGGAAGAGAAUCUCAUCCGUAACCUUCCCAAGGAUCUUAGAAGGGACAUAAAGCGCCAUCUUUGCCUUGAUCUUCUUAUGAAGGUGCCCAUGUUCGAAAAGAUGGAUCAACAACUGUGGGAUCCGCUGUUUGAUCGUCUCAAGCCAGUACUUUACACGCAAGACAGCUACAUUGUUCGUGAAGGGGAUCCAGUGGACGAGAUGCUCUUUAUCAUGCGAGGAAACCUAGCCACUUUCACUACCAAUGGUGGAAUAACUGGUUUUUUCAACACUGCUGAGCUUAAAGCCGGUGACUUUUGUGGAGAAGAGCUUCUUACUUGGGCCCUAUAUGUCCAGUCGUCGACCACAUUCCCCCUUUCAACAAGAACAGUGGUGGCAAAAGCAGAGGUUCAAGCCUUUGCUCUAAUGGCCGAGGAUUUGAAGACUGUGGCUUCUCAGUUUCGGAAACUUCACAGCAAGGAGUUGCAGCACACUUUCAAGUUCUACUCCCAACAAUGGAGAACAUGGGCGGCCUGUUUUAUCCAAUCAGCUUGGCGCCGCUACUCUAAGAAAAACCAUGACAAAGCUUUGCGUGAUGCUGAAAAUAGACUGCAAUUUGCUUUGGCAAAUGAAGCUGGGACCUCGGCAAGUCUUGGUGCAACUAUUUAUGCAUCAAUGUUUGCUGCCCGUUUACUUCGAGCCUUGCGACGACCAAAGGGUGGACGCACCAGUACCAGAGCGCCACAAAGAGUGCUACAGCUACUACCACCGAAGCCUGUUGUGCCAGAUUUCAGUGCUGAAGGUCAUUAAUUAGUAGUAUAUAUGGCGUUUCAAGUGAUUAUCACGCAAGUUUAGUUUUCACAAACAUUGUUCAUGUACAAGCGUUUUCUGUAUGUAGGAUGUGGUGUGUAACAUGUACUAAGCAAAUUCCCAUCUUUAUAUUUUAGAGCCAUGUUUUCAUCA